AUGAGCCAGAAAAAGGAAGAAAUGGAGGAUACCUCUCCGCCACUCUGUGUCACCUGUGGCCAAGUGCAUUUACCGGAAGAAAACCACUUGUACAGCUACACCGAAGAAGUAGAUGAUGAUUUGAUAUGCCACAUUUGCCUGCAACCUUUACUUCAGCCCUUAGACACGCUCUGUGGUCACACCUUCUGCGCAGCCUGCCUUACCAGCUUCCUUGUGGAAAAAGACUUCUGCCCCAUGGACCGCAAACUUGUAAUUCUCCAGACGUGCAGGAAGUCUAGCAUACUGGUGAAUAACCUCCUGGACAAGCUAAUGGUUAGCUGCCCUUUCACAGAACACUGCUCAGAGGUUGUGCAACGUGGUCACCUUGAACAGCAUUUCCAAACUCAAUGUAAAGGAGCAUCCCACUAUGGCCUUACCAAGGAUCGGAUGAGACUGGCAUUUUUCCCUCUUAUGUAAAGGAGCAUCCCACUAUGGCCUUACCAAGGAUCGGAAAUAGCCGCCCUGGGCCCCGAGCUCUCAGCAGCUGCAGCCAUCGCCUUAAUGACAGACGAGCCAGGGCUGGUGAACCCAGGGUUCAGCCCCACCUCAGAGGACAGCCAGUCAAGCAGCAGCCCUGGAGACCUGCAUCACAGUAACCGAAACAGAACUCGACACUUUGAACACUCAACUAUAAGAAGCAGAUCUUUUAAAAAAAUAAACAAGGCGUUCAGUGUUCUUCGAAGGACAAAAAGUGGAAGCGCGGUUUCCAACCAGGCUGACCGGGAAAGGGAGACUGUUGGAAACUCUGCUGCUGGAGAGGAAGGUUUUCCCAGACUGUAUCACCUGAUUCCAGACGGGGAAAUUACCUGCAUUAAGAUCAACCGUACCGAUCCCCAUGAAAACCUGGCCAUUAGGAUUGUGGGAGGCAGUGAGACUCCUUUGGUUCACAUUAUUAUACAGCAUAUUUAUCGAGAUGGGGUAAUUGCCAGAGAUGGAAGAUUGCUGCCUGGAGACAUGAUACUAAAGGUAAAUGGCAUGGACAUAAAAAAUGUGCCUCACAACUAUGCUCUGUCAAUCCUGAAGCAACCCUGCCAUGUGCUCCGACUGACAGUGCUCCGAGAGCAGAGGUAUCGAUGCCGAAACAGCGGACUUUCCCUUGAUGCUCACUGCAACAGGGAUGACAGUUUCCACGUUGUGCUAAACAAAAGCAGCCCAGAUGAGCAGCUAGGAAUAAAGCUGGUUCGCAAGGCUGAUGAACCAGGGGUAUUUAUUUUCAACUUGCUGGAAGGUGGUGUGGCUGCUCGUGAUGGACAGCUUCAGGAGAACGACCGAGUGUUGGCCAUCAAUGGGCAUGACCAUCGGUAUGGCACUCCAGAGAGCGCAGCCCAGCUGAUACAGGCCAGCGAGAAGCAGGUUCACUUCGUGGUGUCGCGGCAGACCCGGCAGCAGACCCCUGACAUCUUGCAGGAGACGGGCUGGAGUUACGGCAGCUCCCAGCCCUGUCCCACCGAGAGGAACAGCCACGGCAAGAGCACCCUUCACACUGUCACCUGUCAUGAGAAGGUGGUGGUUGUCCGGAAAGAUCACACAGAGUCGCUGGGAAUGACUGUAGCAGGUGGAGCAUCCAACCGGGAAUGGGAUUUGCCUAUCUAUGUGAUGAGUGUUGAACCUGGAGGAGUUAUCAGCAGAGAUAACAGGAUAAAAACAGGUGACAUCCUCCUGAACGUGAACGGGAUUGACCUGACGGGGGUCAGCCGGAGCGAGGCUGUCGCCCUGCUGAAAAACACCAACUCCUCCAUGGUGCUCAAAGCCCUGGAGAUGAGAGCUUGUGAAGCCCAGGAGGAGCGGGGCCGCCUGCCACCCCCCGAGGCCAUGCAGGCCACCUUUGAGAGCAGCGAGUGGUCACCUUCCUGGGUUAUGUGGGUGGGGCUGCCACGAUAUUUGUACAGCUGCAAAGAAAUUGUAUUACGAAGAAACACAUCUGGAAGUCUUGGCUUCAGCAUUGUAGGAGGUUAUGAAGAACACACUGGGAACAAACCAUUCUUUAUCAAAUCCGUUGUUGUGGGAACACCAGCAUAUAAUGAUGGCAGAAUUAGAUGUGGUGACAUCCUCCUUGCUGUCAAUGGCAGGAACACGUCAGGAAUGAUGCACGCCUGCUUGGCAAGGAUGCUCAAAGAACUGAAAGGAAAAAUUACUCUUACAAUUGUGUCCUGGCCUGGCACUUUUUUAUAAAACAAGUCUCCACGGAGAGUAUGGCGAGUAAUUUAACACAGGAAAAAAGAUGGACCAUCAGUCUUCACUUUUUUUGGGGGGGUUCAAGUAUGUGUUUAUACAGAAAAGGUUUGUGAAAUUUCAACCUGCAUGUCAAGAAAAGUCAAGUUUAGGCAAAGCAGGAACACCUGUCAGAAAAUCACUCCAGAGUGAUGUAAGCUACUGACUUCAGUCUUUCCUUCCCUGUGUUCUUCAGGUUUUUUGUCCUUUUUUAAAAUAUAUGUAUCUAUUUAAUGCAUUAUAAUAACAAUAAUGAAAUUUGAGAAGCUCCUGCUCACCCACUUUAUGAUUUACAAAAAGAAAUCCUUGAAUAACUUAUGGAAAAUUUUGCCACUUUUCUAGUUGCAAAAAUCAGGUGAAGAUUUUUAUCCAACACAGUACAGCACUUUGAUUAUGUGUAUCUUUCCAUGGUCAGCAUGAAGCUGGUAUUUUCGAGACUUUGAAGUACUGUUUGUUAGUCUGUAAAACUGUGAAUUAAAUUUUUAAAAUAAUUAAAAAUAACUGUAACUGU